AUGAAGAGAAAGGCUGCAUCCCAAUCGAAUGGCCGCAGUGGCGUAGGAAUCCUCAAAAAGCGGGCAAAGACCAUUCUCUCGGAAGAAGAAGUCCAGAAGAGCUUCCGCAAAGGUCUUCUUGACAAGAGCAUUCUCAAAAAGUACACCAAAGAAUAUGCCGAUUCAGAACCCUACAAACACCAGGUCAUUAGCUCUCUAAUCGACGACAAUCUCCUCCGCUCUGUCCGGAACGAAAUCCGCGAGAAUGUGCAUUUCACUCCGAAAGAAACCGAUAUCUAUAAGAUCCACCAAUCUGGAGACCUAGCCAACCUCGACGGGCUCGAUGAUGGCGCCCUCGACAAGCUACCCUCCCUCCUUAGACUGCGAGAUGCGAUGUAUUCCACUUCAUUUCGAAAGUACGUUGCAACAAUUACCGGGUCAGGGGAGCUGAGUGGUAGAAAAACGGACAUGGCUAUCAAUGUCUAUACUCCUGGUUGCCAUUUGCUAUGCCAUGACGACGUUAUCGGUAGUCGGAGAGUUAGCUAUAUCUUGUACCUGACGGACCCUGAUCUGCCCUGGAAAGAGGAAUGGGGUGGGGCUCUGCGAUUGUUCCCGACGAAGACAUUUGAGGAUGAGGAUGGGGGAAAGACCGUAACACCGAGUCCCGACCCCACGAAGGUUAUACCCCCAGCUUGGAAUCAAUUGAGCUUUUUCGCCGUUCAGCCGGGCGAGAGCUUCCACGAUGUUCAAGAGGUUUACCAUGCAGAGAGCCAGGAGCAAUUGAAGAAAGAUGGAGGCAGAAUCAGAAUGGCUAUCAGUGGUUGGUUUCAUAUCCCUCAGAUCGGGGAAGAGGGGUAUGUAGAAGGGGCAGAGGAGGCGUGGGGGAAGAAUAGUAGCUUGAUGCAAUUGCAAGGGAACCCUGAUCGAUACGACUUCCCUCAAUCGCAAUUUAUCAAUAUCGAAGCCCCGAAGGAGGCGGAAGAAGAGAAAAGUUUUGAAGAAGCUGAUCUAGACUUCUUGCUGAAGUAUAUGGCACCCACGUAUUUGACUCCUGACACUCUGGAGCAAGUUGUGGAGCAGUUCAUGGAUUUGUCCAGUGUUACUCUGGGUGGGCUCCUAUCCAAGAAGUACUCCGAAAAAGUCCGCGAGUAUAUCGAGGCCCAGGAAGCAUUGUCUCUGCCAAGUACCACUGCGGAGAUUGAGAAAGGGUCUUGGAGGGUCGCGAAGCCGCCACACAAACACCGAUUCUUAUAUCUCCAGCCUUCCUCGUCGGAAGAAAAGCCAGCAGAUGCUUCGAGAACCUUGAACCCUAUCGAGGAAUUAUUGGAAGUCUUCUUACCUAGCAGUCAAUUCCGAAAAUGGCUUGAGUUGGCUACGCAAUGUGAGAUCGAGAACUUUGACAUCUUAGCACGUCGAUUCCGCAAGGGUGGAGAUUAUGCUCUCGCAACCAGCCAUGAUGGCCAACCAAGGUUGGAAAUUAGUCUUGGCUUGACCCCAACUCCUGGCUGGGGCGCUGAUGAAGAUGAGGAGGAAGAGAGUGGGGAUAACGCCGACGACGAAGCGGAAGAUUCUAAAAAGAAGAAUGGAAAGUCCAAGGCCAAUGGAAAGGAAAUAGCCAAAGCAAAAGAGAAGGAGCAGGAGCAGGAGGAUGAUGUUGGAGGCCAUGAAGUCUACAUGGCUGGGGACGAUGACGAUACCAACGGGGACGCAGCAAUCUACAAGACCUCCUCUGAUGCCGACGAUGAUAAUGUCCUCUUCACGAUGCCAGCGUCAUGGAACAAGAUGAGUAUUGUUCUGCGGGACAGCGGCGUCUUGAAGUUUGUCAAAUACGUUAGCAAGUGUGCCCAAGGGGAUAGGUGGGACGUUUCUGGAGCAUUUGGAGUGAAAGAGUUGGAUGAAGAGGAUGAUGAAGAGGGCGGAGAUGAGGAACAAACGGUGUCUCUGGAGAGCAGUGAAGAGGAGGUGUUCAACGGAUUUCCAGACUCGGAGGACAGUGAUUCUGAUUGA